UCUCAACUUUUCAGAUUCGUUCACACUGAAGCACGCCGCCGGAAAAUGUUGAAAAAUAUUUUGAUUAGAUCCAGGCAGUUGCUUUAUCCCGUGGCCAGGCCUUUUGGUCGAAGCAGCAACCAAGGACAUGCGGUAACCGAAUCCCCAGAGGCGGUGACCGCUCCUCUGGCGACCAAAUCUCCGCUGAUUCUGGCGCAAGAUUACACGGAGUACUCGCCAGUGAGCAGGAGCACGGCCCGGCAGGCGUGGAUCGAGAAUACGGAUGAGGUCGCCGAGCGGAAGAUCGGUCUGAUUGAACUGCAUCCGGAUGUGUUUGCCGCCCAGCCCCGGGUGGACAUCAUCCAGGAGAAUGUGGAGUGGCAGCGCAAGUAUCGUUAUGUAAGCAUGGCACACACGAAAACACGAGCGGAAGUGCGCGGUGGCGGACGGAAGCCAUGGCCCCAAAAGGGAGGAGGACGUGCUCGUCAUGGCUCCCUCCGUUCGCCCAUGCUCAAGGGCGGCGGAGUGGUGCACGGCCCCAGAUCGCCCACCACCCACUUUUACAUGCUGCCUUUCUACAAAAGGGUCUUAGGACUGACCUCAACGCUAAGCGUUAAGCUGGCCCAGGAUGAUCUGCACAUCAUCGAUAAUGUGGACAUACCCACUGGGGAUGCACAGUUCCUCAAGGAUCUGAUCGCCGAACGGAACUGGGGACCCUCUGUCUUGAUUGUGGAUGAAGACCACAUGUUCCCAGCCAACAUUUGUCAGGCCAGCGACGAUUUGGGCUAUGUUAACCUGAUGCCAUCCUUUAGCCUGAACGUGUAUUCCAUGCUAAAGCACGACACCCUGGUGCUAACGGUGGCUGCUGUGAAGCAUUUAGAGCAGCGUCUACUAUAUCAACUUCAUCGCAACGACGCCGCCAGCAAGGGCGGAAAGUUCAAGCUGGAUCAAGUCUAGAAGCUAAGAAAGUUAAAUCCUUUAGUAUAUUUGUAAUCUUUACGGAUGCCAGAAAAUGCAUUGUUAAACGAUAAAA